CAAAUAAUAAAAAUACGUGUUUUUAAUAUACAUUCACUUAUAACAUGUACGUCUCUCAGUCAGUUCAGUGUGUGAAAAAAUCCUUUGUUUAUCGGCUUGUCCACGUUUUUGUUACGGUCCUAGUUGAAUUUCCGAAUUGACAAAUAGUGUAUUUUUAUCCUUAAAAUAUCUAUAAUAAACACGAAAACUCAAAUUUAAUAAAAUUCUAAAAAUAUCUUUAUGAAGUUAAUUGCUCGAGGCAAUGGCUAGUCCCGAUGAAAAAUCCAGUGCUACCGAGGAGCGCAACAGCGAGGACAACUCUUCGUCUGGUGAAUGGACCCUGAUAGGUGACAAAGAAUCAGCUGACAGUAUUAGCAUUAGCAAUAGUAUUGAUGGACCUGAUAAUGAUGAUAACAACGAAGAUCAUGCUGACCAAGCUAUUGAUACCGAAGAAGCUCGUGAAGCUAUUCAAAUUUUAGGAGAGUCAUUGCAGGUUAAUGACAAAAAAACAGAGAACAAAGAGCAAGAUGAUGUUGAUGAAGAUAAAAAUAUUACCGAGGCUCUUGUUCCUUGUAAUGAUGAAUCAGAUGGGAUAUCUGUGAUAACUGACUAUGAAAGAAAUGAUGACAAUUUAUAUAGAAGCCUUACUGAAAUUAUAAAACCUAUUGAUAAUAUUGUAUUACCGAGCGGAACUGUAGUGCAUAUAUUGAUAGCAUGCACACUGGCAGCGACGGUUGGAUUUGGCAUUGGAUUAUUCGUUGGCCCGGGAAAAACCCAAAUGUCACCUACUCCGACUAUUCCACUCAAAGAUGUUAAUUUUAAACACAUGAAUGCAGAAAGUGAAAAUUCACUGUACCGUAGUGAUGAAUUAAAACAAGAAUCUCAUUUACUAAAAGAUAAUAAUGAGUUUUCAGUAUUUAAAAAGCCAAAAAUAGAUAAUGUUAAUAAUAUUGGUACCUAUGAAACUGAUUACGCUGGAAAGGGCGGUAGUAUUAAGCCUAUAAAUAUUAAGAACGUUAAGAAUGGAUCGCUUAGAGAAAUUCUGGAUAAAGUAAAGCUCUCUUUGGAUACUCUGUGCUCUAUUAUUGAGAGGAGUGAUACGUCGUAUCGUACGAGUGUAGACUUUGCUUGUCAUCGACGAUCACUCAUGGACUUACUUGACUUGAAGGAUAGUGUGCAGAGUAUUAUGACCGGGAUUGAACUGACUGAAGAGUUGUCUAAUAAACGAUUUAUAGAAAAUAUGGAGUCGAAGAUAAAAAAUAUUUCUUUGACGUUCUUUGAUGACCUGUCAAAGACUUUGAAGAAUUCUGUGGUAAAAGUUCACCGUAAGUUAGUCAAGGUACGACGUAAACUUAAUCAACGAUUGUGUUUGAUUAGAAACACGAUGGGAGAUGAUCCUAAAUUGUCAGAGCUGUUGGACAAAAUGAAUUUAAAGAGUAAUAAUUGUAAUAAAACUAACAAGUCAGAGAAAUUUAAUGAAAAAAAAAUAAACGAUGAGAAGAAAAUAAAAAAUAAAAAGCCUGAGAAAAAUCAUCAGUAUCCUGUAGGACCAGAAGUUAAACGCGAAUUUGAUAAACAAAAAUUCAAAAUGGAUUCUAAGGACCGUAACAAGCAGAACGGUAGAAAUGAUAAAGGAGAAUACGGAGAAAUGAAGAGACAAUUUAAAUCUCAACAAGAUCAUAAAGAUUACUCGAUUUCAGAGAGUAAAUCGAACGAUUUAAAUGCUAAAAUUAUUAGAGAUACUGCUAGACUAAAACCUAACGCCCCUCCAGUUGACAAAUGGAAAGAUAAAAAAUCUUAUGAUAAAAAAGAUGAUGAUUCUGUUUGUUAUGGAAAGUCCUGCGGGAAGCAACGUAACAAUGAUAGAAAAAAUUCAUUUGAAAAAAAUGAAAAUUGGCAAUUUAAAAGAUCUGAAGGACGCGAUUAUUGGCGGAUAGAUAAAAAACCAAAUGACAAAAAAGAAAAUUCAUGGGAUUUUAAUCGCGCAAAAGGUCGUGAAAAUGCGCGAAUAAAUUAUUAAUGUUUUACUUUAUUUAAAUACCACUGUAUUUAAUAUUUAAAAAUUAAAAAAAAAUUCAUGACUUUUAUCUAGAAAUUCUAUAAAUUUUCAAUAAAUAAAAUCUAUUUAUAAAAAAUUAUAUAAAUACAUUGAAGAAAUAUCGAAGUGUCAUAAAAAAAAAAAUUAAUUUCAUAUUUCAAUUGUGGAAAGUGAAAUUUUUAAUUUAUAAUUUUAUAAAUAAAAAUUAAUUCAUUUGUUUAUUAAAUAUGGAGAAGUAUCGUGCAGAUAAAUUGUUUUAUAAUGUCAAUUUGGCUGUCAAGUCUGUGGUACAGGUACUUUUUUACGACGAAAUAUAUUGCAUUGAUAGGAGUAAUAAUAAACUUUUGUUGAUUAGCAUAGUUAUUAAUUAUUAAUUAUAUUAGUAUGUUUGAGAAUAUUAAAUAAAUACUUUACUAAUUAAAGUUAAAUGUUUGUAAAUUAAUUGAGUAGAAUGGAGUGUCAGAGAUUGAAGACUUAGCUGAAAAAAUAGAUAAUAAUGAAAGUUUAAAAUUAAUAAAAUUUAUAAAAUCAUUUUUGGAUCACGGAUUGUCAAGACUGGGAUUGUCGGUGGAAGAUUAUAGAGAGCGACAAUCACAUUACUGUAAAUUGUGGCAUCAAGUCAAUAAAAUACAACAGAAUUAUAAAUGUAA